AGAAAAGGGCAAGUAACAGCAGUCGAGAUGGAAUAGACAUAAAAGAAGAAGAAAGAUGAAAGGAAAAAAAAAGUAGAAAGAAAGAAACAGCUGUCGGUUACGUCAAGAGGGAGGCGUGUAACAAUAGACGAACGGCAAACCAUUCCCGGCACAAGCUGAUGGCAACCAGAAGUUCUCUUUCUCCCUUUUUUUUAUCUGAUCGUCGUGUCCAUCUCUUUUCAUCCACAUUUCUACCAAGUUUUGAUAGAGAAUGAAAACUUGAGGCUGCGUGGCACCACCCGUCAGAGACGCACGCCAGGUGUGUCGCGUCAACUCUCGUGCCAUUUUACUUUUUAACAAUAAAAGAAGCAGCAGCUACAAGGACAACCAGUGAAAACAGCCAAGACGACGACCCGUCUCUUCUGCUGAAUAGCACACACACAACACAGUAUACAUGCUGAACGUGUUAAUUUAUACACAAACAGCCAUCCAUGAAUGGCUAUCUCUCGCCACACAGCAACCAGCCUCUGUCUUCUUCUCCUAAUGUAUUCCGAAAUGGGUUUCAAGUUGAGAGUCUCUCUCUUUCUCUUUUCUCACUAAAUUCUUUUAUUUUUUUCACGUGCCCGCCCAUCAUCUGUAUACCCACAUGCUCCUGCUGGGUUUCUUUGGACUAUUCCCUUGCAAUAACGAUGAUUCGUUUGAAUAUUAUUCGUUAUUUUUGUGAUGAGCCCCAACGAUGCUAUUGAAACCUGACUGCUGAGAGAGAUAUGCAGCACGGCUGGCUCGUGCUGAUUUGAUUUGGCAAUUUGGAUGCGCGGAGAAAAAGAUUUUUCCGUCUGGCCUGACGCAGUCGCCAUGAGACUGUUCAAGCGACGUGUUUCCGACCCAGCGCCGCAGUUGGUCAGUUUAGCCGCCAUCAAUUCGGAGAUGGACCAAGCUGGUGGAUCCAGAGUCACAGCCAAUAAUCGACGGUACAGCAACAGCAGUGAUGACUACGCCGAUUAUCAAACUGUCACGGCCAUGCCGGCCAUGGUUGUCGUCGAUGAUGCCCCCAGGAAACCAGCGGCAGGUUUCCUCACGUGGGGUAAGCGAAUGGGCAACAAGUUGGAGCAGCUGAAACGCGGACACUCGAGAGAGCGGUUGGCUCCCUCCAACAACGGCUGUAAUAACUUGCUGGAUCAAUCACUGUCCAAUUCGACUUGCUCCUUGAACGCGCUUAGUUCGUUAACGUCAUCGCCGUUCGCUUUGGCCGUCAGUCGGAAACCCUCGUUCGAUUCGUCGUCGUCGACGCUCAACGUCGAGACGUGUGUCAACUCCCAGUUGACGACGCAGACGGUCAAUCGUCGCAACAAGAUGCCCAGGCGGCCUCCGGCUGCCAACAACGGAGGUGCCGCUUCGAAUUAUCAGCAGCAGCAGCAAAGGAGAUGCUCGACGGGGACGUCGUUGUCGUCGAAAUUUCUCUUCAGGAGUUCGUCAACAUCCCAACUGUCGUCUUAUUAUCGGUGCGACGAUCCCAGUGAAGAUUUGAACGCCAGUGACAUUCAAACCCCUCGAAAUCCAAAGUCCCCGACCAAAUCUUCUGCGCCUGUGCCGAUCCCGACAGCCGCCUCGGCCUGUUCCACCCCAUCCACCAGCCACCGAUCGUACAACAACAACAAUAGCAACAACAACAACAACAUGAACAGUGGCUAUCUGCCCACCAAGACAGUCAGUUGCGAGAAUAUCCCCAGCAUCUCGGCUGCCAGUCUACAAGCGGCCCUGCAGAAAGUCAAAGUGACGGACGAUUCGAAUGCUGUUGACCAGCAAGAAGUCUUCAUGGCAAACAACCAACAACAACAUCAGCCAAACGGUCACAACAAUGUGCUACUACCCAGCAGUGGUUCCAACAGCCGGUUCCCUUAUUCUUUUUUGCGAUCGCGUUUGACAUCUCUGCCGGAGGAACAACAACAACAACAACAUCAACAACCUCCGUACUCGGCGGCGCCCGUGUCUGUCCCUUACGACGUCAAUCAGAUCAAAGCGAAAAUGCACCAAAUGUACACGGAUUCAGUGACGAACGGCGGCGGCGGUGGAUUGUCGCCGACGAAAUUGCGGCUGAGCUCGUCGACUUCGUGCGUCUUCCGUGAAUCUCUCGGUUGCAUGGGCGUGGCGCCAGCCUAUCAGCAUCCGCCGUCUCAUUACGGCAGCAGCGUCCUCCUGCCGCUGACGCGACAGUCGAGUACCGUGACGGACACGGACGCCGACAGCGGAAUCGAAAAAGAAGCGUCGUCCGACUCGAGCUCCCUUUACGGCUCGGAUGUGAGCAGCGGCGGAGGAAACAGUUGGGAAUUGUUGGGCAGAAGUGGAGGUGGCAGCGAAGAGCGGCACGAAUCUCCAUCAUUGGCGGAAGCCAGCCGGAAUCCAUUAGCGUCGCAGUUGUACAACAAUCGAAACGGCUCCGAUUCUCUGGUGCCCUUGUCACUUGCAUCGCCGGCGGCAGCAGCAGCAGCGUCAACUCAUCAUCGAGGCCCGCCGGAAGCCAAGCCCUCGAGCCAAAUCAUCGGUGGCAACAACAACAAAUGGGACUACCGAGAAGUGAAGCAUCGCAUGAGAUCGAGGGCCUCGUCGCUCGACAACGUCAAACUGGGCGAGUCGAGGAAAUGGUCGCUACCCUCGGCCGGCGGUUCUGCUCUGCUCAACUCGGCGGAUCAGCACCAGUCACCAUCGCACCGGAAAUCGUCAUCAGACUCCGUCCAAGCGAAGAGCCUCAGCCAUCAGGCUCCUCUGGCGGCGGAUCCGGUUACUCCUCCCACUUCAUCCAAAGGGACCGAAAAGAAGUUGACCUCCUUCCUCAGAGGUCAUGUGCGAUCCGUUUCCUUUGGUCGUGGAGCGUUGACCUUGCCCGGCCGAAAAUCGUCCAACUCCCAGCAAAAAGUCAAAUCCGAAUCAACCAGCACUGGAUCGGCGCCAGAGGCGAAAGCGGCGCCACCGUCGGUUCAAUUCCAGAUCGGACACUCGACUCGUUACAUUCCGGGCCGAGAAAACGAAAACAAUUGCAGCAGAUCGCCGUCAUCCCUUCCGCCCAGUGGCGUCAUCCAGCAGCAGCAGCAGCAGCCUCCGCCUAUGACCAAACAAUACCGACUAUUGCGGCUCAUCAAAGACGAGAGCGGCGAAUUGGGAAUUCUCAUCACAUUGAAACGCGGAGUGGAUGGAUCCCAGCAGGGCUACGUCAUCGGUCACGUAGAGCCCGGAGGCGUGGCAGACAGGGAUGGCAAAUUACAGGUCGGUGAUGAGAUUGUCAACGUCAACGGCAAGCGAUUGCGAGGCAUCGACGUUGAAGAAGCUCGACACUUGUUGCGCAGCUCUCCUCGCGAAACGGACAUUGUCAUCGCUCGAGACGAUCGUCCUCCGUCCGGCGCUUCGCUCACCAUGACGUCGAAAUCGCCAACUCAGCGGACCUUGCCGUCGCCUUCGUCGUUACCUUCACCUUCUCUUCCGGCAGCGUACGACCGGUCCAGCAUCGGGGCCCAUUUACCUCCCCAACACUUACAGGCCAGCACUCGGCUCUGCGGCGAUUACAGCACUUACACGGAACUGUCAGCCCUGCGGGAAUCUCUCAAUUAUCCGUCACUGUCCACCGCCGGAAGCGAAGACUACGAGGAGCCGGACUAUGUCCGUCUUCCGCAUUCCGUUGAUUCCAGCGCUUCUUCACCUGCGCCACCUCCUCAAUUGAGGGCCAGGAAACAACCACCGAUUACCCGUCGUGAAAGUGAUGCCUCGACUUCGGGACUGAUGAUGAUGCCGUCCACUUCGACGUCGAUAUCCAGCGGCGACCGGGUGGAUGGCGGCGGAUCGGCCCAAUUGCGCCGUUCUCGCUCACUUUCCACGGCCAUUUGCGAAGUGACAUUUUCCAAAGGAUCACGCAAAAAGAGUCUGGGAUUCAGCAUCGUCGGCGGCCGUGAUUCGCCAAAAGGAUCCAUGGGCAUCUUCGUCAAAACGAUUUUUCCCAGUGGCCAGGCUGCCGAAGAAGCUAAAUUGCUCGAAGGUGAUGAAAUUCUAUCCGUCAACGACGAGUCCCUCGUCGGUCUCUCGCACGCCGAAGCCAUCGCCGUCUUUAAGCGAAUCAAAUCGGGCGAUGUCGUCCUCACCGUCGUCCGUAGAGGUGGCAACAAGUACGGAAAAAUGAAAUCGAUCGACACGCUCGAUAAACUCCCCUGAACUAUUCCAACCUGAAUUGUUUUUAAUUAAAUCUAAAUUAAUUACUUGUAUAAUGUUGAUACAUAAUUUUAAUAUUCUUGAAUAAUCUAUUACAUAUGCAUACAGUCUAGGCUACCAUACUCAGAAAAAAAAACCAUUGUGUUUUUUGUGUGUGUCUGUGUUGUAAAAAUAAUUGCGCACGUUUUUCUUUUUCUUUUUUGUCUUGUUGGUAAUAAUAUUUGAAACAAACAUUUUUGGACUUCCGGAAGAGGUUAUAAAUAUAUAUGGAACAUUUCACUGUAUACGUUUCUUGGUGUGUUGUAUCUGUAUCCCCAUCCUUGCGUGUAAUAACUCGGGUCUGACUCGUUGAAUAAAUGACUCGUUUCCUAGUAAGCCCAUCAA